AGUGAGUGCGGUGCAAGAGUGGGAGAAAUUUCUAGAAAGGGUUUACGUUCAAUGGAUGUUAUCACUGGCGCCAAUUUUUUUAAUUUAAAAUGAUGAAUUGGAUAAAUAUUUGUGAUAAAGUGGCUUUUUCCUGGAAAAUUCUCCCAUAGAUUUUUCUGGAAUUUUCCCGAACCCUCCUCUCGCCUAUAAAUAACGCUCACUCCUGGCGCUUUCCCAGUCGAAUUCAAGCACUCAAAGCGUGGAAAUGUUCUACCCGGUGUUCUCUCACGACAUGCGCUACUUCCUCCGUCUGUGGCGGCCCUGGAGGCAGUUCGCCGCCCCCAACAUCGAGUCUUCGGUCACCUUCGGCCGCCAAAAAUUCCAAGCGGAUCUCGACGUCCAGCACUUCAAGCCCGAGGAUAUCUCCAUUAAAGUCUCCGAAGACAACACCGUGACCGUCGAGGGCAAACAGGAGCACCAAGAGGGCGAGAAUUACGUCUCGAGGCACUUCGUCAGAAGGUUUGUCCUCCCCGAAGGCCAUGAUGUGAACAAGUUGGAGUCGACGUUGUCCACGGACGGGGUCUUGACCAUCACGGCCCCCAGGAUCGCCAAGGAGGGCGAGGAGGGGAGGGCCAUCCCCAUCACAAGGACGGGAAAACCCCACAACAGUGGCGAAGUGGAAGAAAAAAAAUGAAGUAAUUGAUUUCUAAUUGUAAUAGUUAUAGGAAUUUUUGCUAUUUCCGAGACUGAUUUUUUGCAUAAGCUGUUGUAAUUUUUAUGUGAAUACUCAAUCUGUAAAUAAAUGUUUUUUUUUACUGA